UGUUCAUCUAAGUUUGUUUGACUUUUCUGAGGUGCUACCUUCAGUUAGGAGUUCUCAUGGCGGCCGAGAUGAUUCUUGUUACUGGUGCAACUGAAAUCUUGAACAAGUUGGGUUAUGUUAUUGCUCAAGAGAUUGGUUUGGCUUGGGGUGUCGAGGAUGACCUUAAAAAGCUUCAAAGCACCUUGCAGAUGAUUGCAGAGGUAACAGAUGACGCUGAGAAGAAGCAAUUAAGCGAUAGCUCAGUGAGACUUUGGCUGGAACGGCUUAAAGAUGCAGCUUAUGAUGCUGAUGAUGUGUUGGAUGAGUUCUCAUAUGAAGUUAUGCGGCGGCGGGAAAUAGGCAGAUUGAAAUUCAAGGUAUGCGAUCUUGUUUCAUCUUCCAACCCACUUGCAUUUCGCUUAAAGAUGGCUCGUAAAGUCGCACAUAUCAAUAAAAUAUUUGAUGAAAUUUGUAAAGAGAAGGAUAGAUUUCAGCUGCAGAUGGUUAGUAGUAGUACUUCUUCUGGUCGCAGUAGUGGGCAUAAAAACCGAGAAACUGUAGCCUUUGGGGAGGAUUCAGAAAUUGUUGGACGGAAAAAUGAUAAGUCAAAGAUAGUGGAGUUGCUGAUCGGCUCAAUGGCAUUAGGCGAUACGAAUCAAAAGGAAAAAAUUUCUGUGGUACCCAUAGUGGGUAUGGGGGGAAUUGGGAAGACUUCAUUGGCUCAGUUGGUUUACAAAGAUGCUUCAAUAGUGAAACACUUCGAAACAAGAAUCUGGGUCUGCAUGUCGAAUCAUUUUGAUUUCAAUGAGAUAUUAGGAGGCAUAAUGGAAUCAAUGACUAGAACCAAGUGUGAUUCAACCAUUAGUUUGGAUACGCUGGUAAACCUUGUUCAAGAAAGACUAACCGGAAGAAAAUAUUUGCUAGUACUUGAUGAUUUAUGGAGUCAGAACAUCGAGGAAUGGAUUACACUGAAGAGAUGGUUGGCGGUUGGUGCUAUGGGAAGUAAAGUUUUAGUCACAACUCGUAUAAACCAAGUUGCAUCGAUUGUUCAAGGGAUGAUUCCUCCAUACAUAUUACAGCAGAUAUCCACAGAUGAAUGCUGGUCUAUUAUCAAAGAAGAAGCAUUAGCCCCUGGUGGGGCUUUAGAGACUCCUGGAAUGACAGAAAUAGGAAAAGAGAUAGCUAGAAAGUGUUGCGGUUUGUCACGUGCGGCAAGAUCUAUUGGAGUCUGAUGCACCCAAAAAGAUGAAAAAGAUUGGUUAGCUAUCAGUAGAGAUGAGGUUUGAGAUAUGCCAGAAAGUAAAAGCAAAAUUUUGCAGAUACUUAAAUUGAGUUAUGAUCAUUUACCUGCUCAUCUGAAGCAGUGUUUCUCUUACUGCUCAAUAUUUCCGAAGGACUGGAAGAUUGAAAAAGAAACUUUGAUUAGAUUAUGGAUGGCUGAAGGGUUCCUGCAGUCACCUUAUGAACGAACAGAUAAAUCAAUCGAAGAUAUUGGGAAUGAGUAUUUCAGCAUUCUGUUGUCAAAUUCUUUUUUCCAAGACAUAGAGAAGGAUGAUUUUAAUAGAGUUCAAACAUGCAAAAUGCAUGGUCUUAUACAUGACCUUGCGCAAAUUGUUGCUGGGAAAUAUGAAUGCUCAACAGUGAAGGCCAAUGAGACGAUAAAUGUUCUGAAAGUUCGUAGGUAAUCAUAUGCUUCUGAUGUAAGUACAUUGAUAAUAUUUUCAAAGACCUUGAUUGGAGGAAAGAAAUUGCGAACAGUUGUUACGAUUUAUGAGCCAGGUAAGAUCUGGAUAUUGGUGGUUUCUUUACUGCUAGUAAAAACUUGCGUGUAUUAGACAUGAAUGCUUUCAGAAACAUGAAGUUAACAGCUUCUUCGAUAAGCAAGUUGAGACAUAUAAGAUACCUAAACCUCUCACAUUGCGAACUCGGUAAUGUCAUAAAUGAUCUCAGUAGUCUAUACAAUUUACAGACGCUAGUAUUAUGUGGUAGUAAGUUUCAAGAGCUUCCUAGAAAUAUUGGGUCUUUGAAAAAUAUGAGGCAUCUUAAUAUAUCUUGUACGAUGAUAACAGCAUUACCUGAUUCUAUCAUUAGCCUCUGUAACUUAAAGACUCUGGACCUCUCUCAGUGCACUGAAUUUCAAGCGUUCCCUAGAGGUAUUGAAGCGUGGGAAUAUAUUAGGUGCAUUGACGUCUCAGGUACGAAGGUCAAAGAGUUACCUGACUGUAUUUCAUGUUACAAAUAUUUAUCAAAGCUGAAGUUCACUUUGUCCAAGAACUUAGAAGCAUUACCUAGAGAUAUUGGGAAAUCGGAACUUGUCAGGUGCCUCGACAUUGAAGGCACAAGUAUCAAGGUAUAACCUGAGUCUUUCCUUAACAGCUUCCGGCGGCACUUGGGCAGUUCCCGUUUCUUAAGAUUUUGAAAACAUGUAGUCACCAAUUCUAUUAAGAGACUGGAUAACGAGUUUUAAAGAGUGGGUUGCUCCACCGCGAGACUUUUGCCUUGUCAGAUGAUCAUGUAGCACUUGCUAUAACUUGGCAGUACUAAGGAGUUGUCGAGCUUAUCUUUGUUCUACAAGGUUUACUUCAAAAUGGUAAUCCUCUUGAAGCUUGAAGAAUUGAAAGCUGCACAAAUUUUCAAGGUUUUAUGCAAGCUCAACUCUAUAGAAGCAAAGGAGUUUGUUGCUUUCCCAGGUCCAGCUCCGACAUUUCUGUCAGAUUUUCUGUCAGCUCCGACAAGUUCAACGUGAUGAAGAUCAGACAUGAUGUGAACAGGUCUGUUGGAGUCACCAGCACGUACGGUAUAAGGAAAACAAGACGUGUGCAACUGGAUACCAUCUGCUGUUACCCUGGAGCUGAAUCAGAAUGAGAAUCCUCAGUACCUGCUCAAAGUUCUCUCAUGUACACUUCGAAACUAAAAGAACCUAUUCGCUUGUUUCAUUUUGAGUAGCAAUAUGCUGUUAUCUUAGUUAUAGAAUUUGGUUUAGAAUUGUGAAGUUGCAUAUGGUUCAUGUUUGCUGUGCAAUAUGUUCUUUUAUAGUUGUAGACUUAUGUACUUGUUAGCCUUUCAUAAUGCAUAAAUGACAUUUCCUACUCAGAAAAGUGUAAAUGAUCAU